GUCCGCCGCUUCUCCUCCCCUCUGCGCAUGUGCGGGCCGGCCGGCCGGGAGUGCGCACCCUGCCCACAAUACACGGCGAUAAACAACUAAGAUGGCGGAGGAAGAAGAGGGAGGAGGCGAGCAGUUGGAUAACCGGCUGCUGCCGCCGGAGCUAGAUGAUGAAGAUGAGUUUGCCGAGAUGGAAGUUGAAGAUCAUGACAGCGAAGAGGCUGAAAAACCAAUCGUCAUCAAUUUUGAUCCAAGCCUACCAACUACACACUCUUACUUGGGAGUGGACAUGGAGGAGUUUCACGGUCGUACAGUGCAUGAUGAAGAUAGCAAUCCAACCAUCCCUGUUCUUCCUCAUGUAGCAGUUAUUCUUAUUCCGGGACAAACAUUACCAUUGCAGCUUUUUCGUCCUCAGGAAGUAUCCAUGAUGCGAAAUCUGAUUCAGAAGGACAGGACAUUUGGCAUCUUGGCAUACAGUGAUCGUUCUGACAGUGCUCCAGAAUUUGGAACCACAGCAGAAAUUUAUGAAUAUAGGGAGGAGCAAGAAUUUGGUAUUGAAACUGUAAAAGUCAAAGCUGUUGGGCGUCAAAGGUUUAAAGUUCUUGAAACAAGAACUCAAACUGAUGGAAUUCAGGCAGCAAAAGUUCAGAUCCUACCAGAGUGGAUCCUUCCUUCAAGUAUAGCAGGAGUUCAGCUUAAUUCACUGAACAGACUUCAUAUGUUUGUUUCAAAUAAGCCCCCUGCCUGCCGAUUAAAGCAAAAUCAGAAGUGGUGGCAGAAGUAUCAAAAGAGAAAUUUCCACUGUGCAAAUCUGACGUGGUGGCCUCCGUGGGUAUAUUCGUUGUAUGAUGCGGAAAUACUGAUGGAAAGAAUGAAAGCACAACUCCGAGAGUGGGAUGAAAAUCUCAAAGACGACUCCCUUCCGACAAAUCCUGUAGAUUUUUCUUAUAGAGUUGCUGCUUAUUUGCCUAUUGAUGACAAUUUAAGAAUUGAGCUGCUUAAAAUUGGUAGUGCUAUUCAGCGGCUUCGUUGUGAAUUGGAUCUGAUGGACAAAUGCACAUCUCUUUGUUGUAAAAUAUGUCGCCACACAGAAAUAACCACAAAAAAUGACAUAUUCAGUUUAUCAUUAUAUGGACCCAUGGCUGCCUAUGUGAAUCCUCAUGGUUAUGUACAUGAAACCUUCACCGUAUAUAAAGCUAAUAACCUGAACUUAAUCAGUCGGCCAUCAACUCAGCAUAGCUGGUUCCCUGGCUUUGCGUGGACCAUAGCCCAGUGCCGUACUUGUGGAAGUCACAUGGGCUGGAGGUUUACAGCAACCAAGAAAGACAUGUUGCCCCAGAAAUUCUGGGGGUUAACACGAGCAUCUUUGCAACCCAGAAUACCAGAACUGGAUGAUGAAGGUCAACAUGAAGGAUGCUGGCAACCAUGUCGUUAAUAUGUGUGUAUAUGUAUGUGUACAUAUAUAUAUUUUAUAUAAAUAUCUAAAAGUGAAUAGCACUAUAGUUACUUGGGCCAUCGAACCUCUAGUUCUUAUCACAAAGUUAUUCAAGAAAAUAAUAGCAAACUGAGUGGCAUGCAUAGCAUAGCUGUUAGAUCUACGUUACAACAAGCUAAUUCAAUAUCAAAUGGAUUACAUAGCACCACCAUCGUCAAAUAGCUGCAGAUUGUGACCAUAAAUUGCAGUGUUGUAAACAACUCGCCUCAGAUUAGGUGCAGUGAUUUAACAAAGGUAAUCUUGUAGAGGAAAAAAACAUUUGUAGUUAACAUGAUCAUAAUUAAAAUAUAUAUAGAAACAUGGAAAAUAGGUGCAGGAAGAGGCCAUUUGGCCCUUCGAGUCUGCACCGCCAUUCAUUGUGAUCAUCCACAAUCAGUAACCCGUGCCUGCCUUCUCCCCAUAUCCCUUGAUUCCGCUAGCCAAUAGAGCUCUAUCUAACUCUUUAAUUCAUCCAGUGAAUUAGCCUUUACUGCCUCCUGUGGCAGAGAAUUCCACAAAUUCACAACUCUCUGGUGUGAAAACGUUUUUUUUCAUCUCAGUUUUAAAUGGCCUACCCUUUAUUCUUAGACUAUGGCCCUUGGUUCUUGACUUCCCCUGCAUCUAACUUGUCCAGUCCUUUUAUAAUUGUAAUCGUUUCUAUAAGAUUCCCUCUCAUCCUUCUAAAUUCCAGUGAGUACAAG